CUUAACAUGUUGAAGUUUGUGAUUUUAUUGUCUGCUGUGGCUUGUGCUUUGGGAGCUACCAUUCCUGAAGGUAUGGUGCCCCAAUUGGAUGGUCGUAUUGUGGGUGGUGCUGCCACCACAAUCAACUCCUUCCCCUGGCAAAUCUCUUUGCAACGUAGUGGCUCCCACUCUUGCGGUGGUUCUAUCUACAACAGCAAGAUCAUUGUCACUGCCGCUCACUGCUUGCAAUCCGUCUCCGCCUCUUCCUUGAAGGUGCGUGCUGGUUCCACCUACUGGAACUCUGGCGGUGUCCUGAUAUCCGUUGCUGCUUUCAAGAAUCACGAAGGUUACAAUCCCAGCACCAUGGUCAACGAUAUUGCCGUUAUCCGUUUGUCCUCUGCCUUGACCAUGAGCUCUACCAUUAAGGCUAUCGGUUUGGCCAGUAGCAAUCCCGCUAACGGUGCUGCCGCUUCAGUCUCUGGCUGGGGUACCACCUCUGUUGGUGGCUCCAUCCCCACACAAUUGAGAUAUGUCGAUGUUAAGAUUGUCAGCCGCACCAACUGUGCUUCCUCCACCUAUGGCUAUGGCUCUCAAAUCAAGGCCUCCAUGAUCUGUGCCUACACUGUUGGCAAGGAUGCUUGCCAAGGCGAUUCCGGUGGCCCAUUGGUAUCCGGUGGUCAAUUGGUCGGUGUUGUUUCCUGGGGUUAUGGCUGCGCUUACACCAAUUAUCCUGGUGUUUAUGCUUCAGUUGCUGACCUUCGUUCCUGGGUUGUCAACGCUGCCAACUCCGUUUAAAUAUGUUGAUAGAAGUUUUUAAAAAUAAAGAU